GAGGGCCAAGUCGUAUGGCAGCCUGACCCACGUACUCGAAGACUUCAUUGAAGCCAGCCUAUCGACCUACCCUGUCGCUGCUUCCUCGUUCCUGCUCAGCCAUCAUGACCCCCAGACAGCAACCGAGCCCUCCCUCGUCAUCACAACACCGUCUUGCGACGCCACGGUUUACGUCAAUCAACGCACAGCACCCCAAGCCGACCUCCAACCACGCCGCAGUCGCCUCCGCAUCCACCGCAACCGCCGAAGCUGCGGAAGCGUCUGCCUUUGACGAUUUUGGACAAAGAAACGGCCACACGAAGCGUACGACCAGGUCACAGUUGCCGGAGCUGCAAGAUCGGGACUUUCAGGUGGACAGCAUCCUUGAGCGUCGUCAAGGAGCCGGCGGAGUAGAGUACCUUGUCCAAUGGCAAGAAAGUUGGUUGGAUCCGUCACUGAUAUUGCGCAAUGACGACGGUACAAGAUUCGUACGCUGCAACGGCUCCGACUGGCCUGUCAAGGUGGUGCUGCCAGUAUCGCCAGUGGACGAAGACCCAAGAGAAUGUGCUGUGGGCUGGGAGCCUACCUGGCAGCCGAAGUCCAGCCUGUCCGGCUCUCAAGACCUCAUCGAUGAUUUCGAACGCGACAACCCGUCCAAUAUUCCAGAUGAGCCAAGUAGGGCCGUUGUGCAUGUGCGAGCGCAUCCCGGUGGCAGGCUGGAAGCUUGUAAUAGCUUCUCAUCCAACGUAUUCUACCCGAGAGCUAAACGUGACUAUGCGCCAGCCAUGAUUGCGUGGAGUCGAGACAACGGUGGGAUCAUCGCAAAAGCAUGCCUUCGAUUGGACACAAAGCGGGCCUUGCGCUUCCGGAAGGUGUUUGUCAAGGCUGAGCGCAUGUUCAAUCUGGCAAGACCGAGUCAUGGAAAUGCAGCGAUGGUGUUCAUCAAGGGUGUGGUGCAGGCGAAGCCGUGCGACUGUUGCACGCUUGCUGGUGCACCGUUUCCGCAUUGUGUGACUUUCGACUUCGCAUUCCAUGGUGCGUGCGCUAAUUGUGGGUUUCGGGAACGAGGAACCGGCUGUAAUUACCACGGUGAUGCGAAGGAGGGUGUUGUUCGCUGGGUCCGCGCGGUAGGCUCAGAGACAGCACCCCAGCAUCAGCUGAUCGAAGUAGCUAAUCGGCAUGGCUCGCUCUCCUCAGUCAUCGGACACGGCCCAAUCGCAAACGGCUCAUCGCAUGACCGCGGAACCGGUAAUGAUAGCUCAGGCCCAGCGACAGCGGAUAGGACGGACCACGAAAGCGUCCCCGGUAGAGGCCCCUCGACGGAGCUUGGAAGCCCGAAUCCAUUUCCAGACACUGUCAUGCAAAGCCCGAGCAUGCCUGUUGCGGAGGCGACCGAUGCUGCGCGCGCGGCAACGCGGAGCCCCUCGCUGGCUCCCUUGGACUCCUCUCCGUUGCGUGCUAUGAAGUCUCGAGAGCAGAAUGGACGUGCGACGCCUGGUCCUUCGAAUUGGCGAAAGCGCCGCCGGGCUCACCACUCUCAUUCUGAUGUGGGCUCGUCCAAGCGACCAUCGCCUGCUGCGGCCAAGCAGGCCGAAAAGGUCGAAAAGGCCGCCAGUACGCGCAGCACUGAAGACGAAGACCAAGAGGAAGACCAAGACGAAGUACCAGUAUACCGAAAUGAAUACUUCGAGCAGGGUCAGGCAAGUCCAGCACAAGUUCGAGUCAUCUUGAAGCAUUGCGAUUCGCGAUGGCGAGACAUCUUCGACAGAGCUUGGCGGAAAUGGGUGUCACGAGUGCAGCCUCCCGGUUCGCCAAACAGUCUGACGAAGGAAGAGUUUCUGUCGCUGCAUCUGUACGAGUCGCUGAAUGGUGCGGUGACAGCUCGCUGCCCGCCAGCGCCUCCGUCGUCUACUUCACCGCAUGAGAUCGUUACGCUAAAGUAGAUCCAGGCUUUCUUGUUGUGUGCGUGGUCUUCAAUCUAUAAGUGAUGACGUGGCGCUGGUAUGGGUUGUUGGGAAGGUGUCGCGCCUUUGUUGUCUUCAUAGUGU